UUCCUUUUAGUCGUGAAUAGUACUUCUCCCUAAAAGCAUCUCUAAAACUGAACCUCUGGAAAGUAAAACUACACGUAAAAUUUUGACCUCCAUACUAAUUUAAUGGGAGUCAGAAGUUUAUCUCCCAGUGGGCAAAAAAUCAUAUUCGUUUUAAAAAUGUUUUAAGAAUGUUUUUAGAGCGUUUCAUGUCUGCCAAAUAAUAUUUUGAAACAUUUUAAGAACAGAGGUGUUCAAAAUUUCAAUGUGCGGUAACAAAAAACUUUUAAGUGGAUAUAAAAAACUAUUUGUUCACUAUGAAAAAACAAAAACAAAAUGAAUUAACAACGAAAGUAUAUUGACGAAUUAACAAAAAAAAAAAAUUGUUUUGUUAAGGAAGAGUAGUUAACUAGUGUAAAAUGAUGAUAAAAAAGUUCAUCAUGUUCAAAGAGAACAAUAACUAUAAAAGUCUUCUUCUGAUGUUGUUUCUAUUUAUCAUGUAUUUUUUUAUUUCGAUAAGAUUUAAUUACACAAUUUAUGAUAAAUCUGAUAAAUAUGUUAUUCCCGAUGAAUAUUUAAUUUGGAAUUCAAAAUGUCAUAUGCAAUCGAAAAUUCCUUACGAUAAGUCCAUUUUGAAAUUUAUCAAAAAGGAAGUUUAUGAAAAUUGUUCGAAUUUACCGCUGUUAACAUCAAUAAUUCAAGACGAAAAUGGACGAAAUAUAUUAAUUUUGAAGACAAACGAAAGUGAACAUUUUAAAAAUUUAAAUUGUUGUUGGUCUCCAAUUGUUAGACCCAUUCCUAAAGAACCAAAAUCAAAGGGUAAAUUUGAUUCAGUUAUUACAGUUGAAAAUUGUAUUCACUUUAAUAAUUCAGUUGUCGUACCAAAUGAAGUGGAUAUUCUUAUGGUGACUUGUAAUGAAGAAAAAUACAAAACCAAAUUGAAAAACGAAAAACGGAAUAACGUGCCAAUUUACAAAAAUGUGCAUUCAAUAAUAAAUGUUGAAAAAGUUUUAAAUCAUCUAAAUAAUUCUCAAAAUGUAAAUGUGUCAAAAGGAAGGAAAAGAUUAAGUGUUCUUUUGUUGGGUAUAGACAAUGUGUCGAGAUUAAAUUUCAACAGAAAUCUUCCUAAAACAGUAGACUAUCUUGAUGAGAAAGGUUGGCUAUUAAUGAAAGGCUACAAUAAAAUGGGUGAAAAUACAUUUCCAAAUUUAAUGGCAAUUUUAACUGGUCAACAACAAACUGAUUCUUAUGACAAAUGUAAGCCGACAAUUCCAUUUGGCCUUGAUCAUUGUCCAAUGUUAUGGUAUAAUUUUAGAAAUGCUGGGUAUGUCACAGCUUACGCUGAAGAUGAAGCUAAAAUUAGUACUUUCAACUAUUUAAAGGUUGGUUUUGUUGAUCCUCCAACUGACUAUUAUCUCAGACCUUAUAUACUGGCAACGGAAAAGUUGCUAAAGUCUCGUCGAAGAUUUGCAAAUUAUUAUUGCACUGGUCCAGAAGUGGCGGCCGAAAGAAUUCUCAAUUCUGCCGUUGAUUUUGCAACAAAAUUCCAAGGUGUUCCAUAUUUUGGUUUUUUUUGGACAAAUUCAGUGAGUCACGAUACAAUUAAUGGCCUAUCAUCAAUGGAUACAAAUAUCCUCUCAAGAUUAGAAUAUCUCGAACGUGAAGGAAUAAUGAAUGAUACAAUGAUCAUUUUUUUAAGUGAUCAUGGAAUGAGAAUUGGCGAUUUUAGAAUGACAUUUAUGGGAUGGUACGAGGAGAGAUUACCAUUUUUUUACAUUUGGCUUCCACAAUGGUUUCGUGAUGAAAAUCCUGAAGUCUAUGAUUCAUUGACAAUUAAUCAAAAUCGAUUGACAUCACCAUUUGAUCUUUAUGAAACAUUACGUGAUAUUGUAAUAAGAGGUGGUGGCGAUGCUGGACCAAGUACCGGAUGUCCUAAAUGUCGAUCACUUUUCAAGACAGUUCCUUUUGAACGGGGAUGUGAAGAUGCUGGUGUACCACCACAUUGGUGUGUUUGUUCAGCUUUUGAAAAGGACAAUGCCUCUAGUCAAAUUGUCGUUCGAGGUGCACAUAAAAUACUCGAUCAUAUUGAAAAUAUUGUCAAAAAUUAUAAGACAAAAAAGGGCAAACGUUUGUGUGCAAAAUUUAAAUUGAAAAAAAUUCAUCGAAUUCAUAAAGUUGUAGAUUUAAAUAGUAGUAAUUCUACUUCCAAUGCAGAAUAUUUUUAUAUGAUUCAGGUAACACCUGGUGAUGCAAAAUUUGAGGCGACAAUACAUUAUUACGGGUCUGAUAAUUAUAAUGUUACUGAUGAACAAAUAAGCAGAAUUGAUUUAUAUGGACCUGGUUCAAAGUGCCUCGAUCAUGGCCAAAAGAGGUACUGUCACUGUAUCAAGUGAAUAAAAUUUUAAUUAUACUUAGAAAAUAAAAUUCUGGAUGCAAUUAUCGUCUCUAGACUGUCCUAAAUACGCAGAGGAUUCUUAUUCAUUUCAUUUGCAUCUCUUUAUAGUGAAGAAUUUGUUAUUCUAUAAAUUUUUAAUUACUCUUUAUUUUAAAUUUUAAUAAUUAAAAUUAUUAGUAUUUUUGUAAGAAUAUAUGUUAACUGUUUUUCACUUGUUAGGCCAUUCACAUGAAAGUAAUUUUUUAUAUAAAUGAUAUUAUUGACGUGAA